AUGCAAGCUGCUGCAACAAUUAGAAAAAAAAAACUUGAUAAAGAAUUUGUUAAAUGGUUUCAUAGCAAUUAUGCUUCCAAUUUUGAAGUUCUACCAGAUUUAAAUUAUGUUAAUAUUUGUCAUGGAUGCAAUAAUAAAUAUACAAAAAAAAAAGAUUUAACCUUACAAGAAUCAUUAAUUGAAACUGAAUCAGAAGAAGUCAUAGAUUUAACUACUGAUAUAAUUUCAAAUGUUCAAGAGCAUAAAAAAAUUAAACCUUUGUCAAACAAAAAAUUUAGAAUAUGUUUUAAUCAAUUUAAACAACCAAGAAAAAAAUUAGAUG